AUGGCCCCAAAGGUCAGAGGAACUUACUUGGUUGAGCAAUACUACCACGAGACCGACUUGGACUUUUUCAUCUUCAUGUCCAGCAUGUCCGCGAUCGUUGGAAUCAGAGGCCAGUCCAACUACUGCGCUGGCAAUAUGUAUGGACGCGCUGUUGUCGCCGGUCGCCGCGCUAGAGGGUUAGCUGCAUCGACUGUCGAUCUCUCAACAGUUUUCGGCGUUGGCUAUUUCGCUAAUGCAGGAGCAUCAAGCCUGCAGACAGUUCACGCGAACCUACGUGGAUUCAACACUCUAGCCAUCGGAGAAGGAGAUGUCUUGGAUGCCUUCCAUGAGGCCAUUUUGAGAGGGCCACCAAACGCAUCCGCUACUGGUGACGUGAUUGUUGGUCUCGGGUCCGAAACUGCUGUCGCAAUCGAUCAGCCUCCUGUAUCGGCAGCAUGGCACAAAGAUCCUAGGUUCGGGCAUUUCACAGCCCGGGCGGGUCAGAAAUUUGAUGAUCGGGCCGCGGGUGGGUCUGCGGGCGGCACCUCCGACAUGGCCAAGAAUGUACGCGAGAAAUUAUCGAAAACGACCACUGACGAGGAGCGACUGGCGACCUUGAGCAGCUGCUUCUCUGCGCAGAUACAAGACACAAUGCAGCUUUCAAGCUCGUCACUGCGCGCAGAUGUACCCCUGAUGGAUCUUGGCAUUGAUUCACUGGUUGCCGUUGAUCUAAGAGCGUGGUUUUUUAAGGAGUUGGAGGUGACUGUGCCUGUCUUGAGUAUCUUGAACGGCGAGAGUGUCAGAGAUCUCUGCAAAGUUGUUUUAUCCCAGGUUUGA